AUGUUCUGGCAGUCGCCGGGCGACGAUGGGGCGGGGCGGGACGCGGAGAGGGUCGAUGCCGUUGACAUCGACGACAAGGACUGGUGCUCCGGCCACGGGGGGCAGCCGGCGGAAGCGAGCGCCUGGUUGACAUGCCAUCAAGUCUUUUACAUGCUUGUCCUCGGCGGGCUCGGCGGCAUGGCAAUCUCGGGCAGCAUUAACUUUGCCCUUGCCUAUGCCAUGUACACGACACAGGACACAACCAAAGCCCCUAUCCGACUCUUCCAGUUCCCAAACACACUGGCCGGCGACGCCGCAGUCACCAUCAUUGUCCAGUGCAUCAUCACCUGGUUCAUCGAAGCCGCCCUCGUCGCCCACGACCUGGCCCACCGCGCCGUCCAGCCCAUCGGCUGGGCCGGCCGCGAGCCCAAGCACCACCUGCUGCGUGCCUUGUUCCUCCUCCCGCCCGACCACAAGGCGGCGCCUGUGGCCAGGGUGCGCCUGUUUAGGCUCGGCCCGCUCAUCCAGCAUCUCUUGCGCGCCUUGCUUGUUGCCGUCGUCGCUUUCGUGCCCCUCUGGCCCGCCGCCGUCGGCCUGCUAACUGUGGUCGGAGAACGCGACAGUGGCGACUGGUGGUAUCAAGGUCGGUGGACGCCACAGGUCUUCAAGCUGAUUCUUGGAGGGGCGCUCAGCCUGCUCACGACGCCGCUCAUGGCCAUGUUCUGGCUCGUCCGUGCCGGGUGGGUGGCCAGUCAUCAUGCCUCCUCGGACCUUUGA